UAUUGCUAUUAUACUUAUAUCUGGAUUGGCUGUUUUUGAUGACGACCUGGUGAGUUUAGUGGAUACGUUCGGAAGGUAAAAUGGUUAAGCUGUUGACGACUUGGCGAUUUCCAUGGACUUAAAACUUUAAAACAAUAUGGACAGGUUAAACAAGAAUAAUAAACUUACGGCGCAGGGGGUUUCGGAGCCCCCAGGCCCCGUCGGGAACACGAGUGGCUUUCCAGGCUCGAUCCGACGGUCAUCAAGCUACUGGAAGAACGGCGGGCGGGAGGUGGAAUCCCAGGCAUCCUCUCGUACGGUAAAAGCGACUGGGUAGAAGGUGGGAAGAAGAAAGCUGGCAUUAGGAGGAGAGAAACCGAGGAAGGUUGCAGAUAUAAAGUUAAGUGACAAAGUCACAAUUUCAGUGAUACCGAGAGCUAAAGGGAAGGAAGAAGGUGACGCGUUUAGACCAAGUAAAAAAAUACAAAGGAGUCCUACGACUGGUGGCAGGGCUGAUGUCGAAGUGGUCGAGGAAUCGGAAGGUUCCUAUCGAAUCAGAGAUAGCGAGCACAGCACGCCAGUGGUAGUGAGAGGAGGAGCACCCGUCAAACAAUUGGCUAGAAAGGUAAUAGAUGAAAGCAGCAGGACGAGACGGGCAAGGGCGGCUAUGGUAAGCGAAAUAGAUAAUAGCGCCAGGGAUGAUACACAGACCAGUGAUGUAGACGAGGAAGAAGUAAUGAUAUAAAGGGCGGAACUGAAAGGGUUCACGCAAGCCCUAGCUGGCGCUGUCCAGAUGCUUAAUGUUGUGGUGAGAAAAUUCAAGCUGGACAAAGACAAAGAUGAAGGGAUCAGAGAGAUCGGUAACUUAAUAAAGGGUAUGCUAUCGUCCCUGGAACAGUGUGGAGAACAAAAAGCAAGGAGGAGGAAGAGGAGAAGAGUGCCUGUUGAGGCGGAGAGCAGCAUUAAUAGGACAGUAGUUAUGAAGGAAAUGACGGUGGACAAAGGCAGUUACCCCAAAAGGAAGGUGAUAUCGCCGGCCGAGAUUACAAGGAUGGAUGAACGUAAAAGGCCCAGGACGCCCAGGAAAGGAGAGGUCAUCUACGCCGAAGCAUGUGGGAAAGAAAGAAGGAAUCUUGUGAUGGACGAGGAUUAUAAUGAGGACUCGGAAGGAUGGAGGAGAGUGGCAAGAAGAAAAAGGGAGAGGAGAGCUCCCUUGGCACAGGAUAUUCCUAGUGUGCAUCCGGGCAACAACAGAGAGGUGGUCCCGGAAGGUGAGGGUGUGUCAAGGAACAGGAGAAGCGAAAGUUGAAAAGGGAUGUGAGUGGCUGCAAGUUUAUAGAAGAAUAAUGGCGGCCAGGAGCACAUUGGAGGGAGCCACGGGGGACGAGAGCGGGCCACAUUCUGACUGAAUUUGACAGGACGGUGGCGGUUAACGAGGUGGCGGCCAGGUGAGGGAUAGUACGGAGGUGGCUGCCCUGGUGAAUAGGGCGACCCUACAGAUCAAAAAUAUUGAUCCCCUCACCAGCAAGGAGGAGCUGGUGGACGAUAUUAGGGCGCAAUGGGGGAUUGAGGACAAUAUU